AUGUGCAUACAUGCUCCACACAACGUGGCUCCGGCGCUUUCAACCGCUCAGCCAGACCGGGCAACUGAAUGUGCUGCACCAGGCCGCAAACGAGAGAUUCAGCUUGGUUCCAGAUUGCGAACAGAUUUUUCUCCUCCAUCUCGGAAAAAGACAAAGAAGAAGGGUGUUCUACGCUCAAACCAGCUCGUCGAUAGGACUUUCGUAUGCCGACUGGCAUCCAGCCGACAGCAAAUUCGCUUUCUUCACGAACGGCUGCGACAAAACGCACGCGGCGUAUUUUACAAAUCACCGCUGAAUGCAAUCCGAUUUCUAAGCUCGGCGAACAGACCAGCAGUCAAGCAGCGCACCGGAGCUACCUAUAUUCCACAUCACCAACAGACGGAGAAAAGAUAG